GGCUUAGCUACUGGGGCCCUUAGCUACUGGACUUGACUUGUUUAAUUCAGUUGCCAACCCAAGUUUUUAAAAGAAGGAUGAUGUGGAAGAUGUCUACCGGUAUGCACUUGCACAACACCAUUGCGGUGUUAAUUCUUGCUAUUGUAUUGUGCCUCUCUACUGUCAAUUGUCAAGCAACCUGUCCCCCGUUGACUGCCCCUAAUGAUGGUAGCAUAUCGUAUGGCCUCGCUGUUGAGACCAAUGGCGGGUAUGAUAUUGGCGACGUAGCCACGUUCUCUUGUGAUAAUAACUUCAUUCUGUCGGGAUCCACCACCAGCACGUGCCAGAGUGACUACACAUGGGACAAUAGCGAACCCACCUGCCAAGCAACCUGUCCCUCGUUGACUGCCCCUGAUGAUGGUAGCAUAUCGUAUGACCUCACUGUUCAGACCAAUGGCGGGUAUGGUGUUGGCGCAGUAGCCACAUUCUCUUGUGAUGCUAACUUCGAUCUGUCGGGAUCCACCACCAGCACGUGCCAGGGUGACCACACAUGGGACAAUAGCGAACCCACCUGCCAAGGGGGUUUCUCCUGUGCUGAUCUGUCAAUGUUUUUUACUGAAAUCGCCUGUGCUCCUGAUGGCUCCUUUGCUCCGGUGCAGUGCAGUGGCAUGGAGUGUAACUGUGUCAACACUAUGACUGGAGAUGUACUUAGACAAAUACCGUUCUCACAGAGGGACACCUUCAACUGCUCAGCACCGCCCUGUCCCCCGUUGACUGCCCCUAAUGAUGGUAGCAUAUCGUAUGGCCUCGCUGUUGAGACCAAUGGCGGGUAUGAUAUUGGCGACGUAGCCACGUUCUCUUGUGAUAAUAACUUCAUUCUGUCGGGAUCCACCACCAGCACGUGCCAGAGUGACUACACAUGGGACAAUAGCGAACCCACCUGCCAAGCAACCUGUCCCUCGUUGACUGCCCCUGAUGAUGGUAGCAUAUCGUAUGACCUCACUGUUCAGACCAAUGGCGGGUAUGGUGUUGGCGCAGUAGCCACAUUCUCUUGUGAUGCUAACUUCGAUCUGUCGGGAUCCACCACCAGCACGUGCCAGGGUGACCACACAUGGGACAAUAGCGAACCCACCUGCCAAGCAACCUGUCCCUCGUUGACUGCCCCUGAUGAUGGUAGCAUAUCGUAUGACCUCACUGUUCAGACCAAUGGCGGGUAUGGUGUUGGCGCAGUAGCCACAUUCUCUUGUGACGCUAACUUCGAUCUGUCGGGAUCCACUACCAGCACGUGCCAGGGUGAUAACACAUGGGACAAUAGCGAACCCACCUGCCAAGCAGCUUCAGAAGUUACUACAGCAGUUCCAGGAGUUACUACAAUAAUUCCAGGAGUCACAACUGCUGAAGAAGACUUACAAACUACAGAAACUACAGCCUCACAGGCUACAGAUGCCUUAGUGGAUUCCUCUGACCCUACAAAUCCUUUAAGUGAUGGAGCUAUGUCUGUACAUGUGACGCUGGGUGCUCUCUCACUGCUGGUGUUGAGUAUGCUGUCGGUACUGCUGGGAUAAACUGAACUGAACUAUUAUAAUAAUUAUGCUAUAAUGCCACAUUUUUAUUCUUGCAUGAGCUGUCUUAUUGGCAUAUUUAUUGUGUAAAGAAUAGAAACUCGGAAAGAAGUGCAAAAAAUAGAAUCUGCGCAUGCGUGAACAUUAUCAGACACUCCCCCUUUCCACGUGGCCUCAAGUUUAUACUAUAGCUAGCUAGCUAGCUUGAGUUGAUUGAGUUUCUCUGUAGAUCUAUUGUACUACUAAGCUACUAACUAUGAGUCACUACAACUUCAAGAAGAUUACUGUGGUCCCCUCCUCCAAGG